GAAAUACCUGAAACAGGAGGUUGAGAAGAUCAAACAGAAGAGGGUGUAAACAGAGACUGAUUAGUGUGGAACCAGAAGCACAAUGAAUUCUGAGACGAUUGAUUGACAUUUGCAGAAGGAACAGUCAAGUUUGAGACGAUGAAUUGACAUUUUGCAAAUGCAGUAUAUACGUAAUGGUUAUCAGAUAUUUUCAAAAGAUAGUCUGUAAUUUUCUUCUCAAAUACACUUGUGUUCUCGUUCACUACAUCACAAUUACCACUAACAAAUGCAUAAACAUACAUCAAACCAAAUUUUAACUACUUAUAAUGACAAGUUGUAUACUUUUGAAUUUGAUAAUAAAAUGAAGCCGAACCAUAGUGACAAUGAUAAUGUUGAUGAUGUGAUUCAUUAGUGCUUCUGAAUUAAGUAAGUUAACUUUGUGUUGUGCAUGAAUUUCUAUUAGAAAUGCACAGUACAAUGAAUAAAUUAAUUCAGAUGAAUCCCAAUUAAUUUUACUAUUUCACUUGAUAUUCUGUGAAAAUUCACAUUGAAAGUGAACGAUACAUUGACUCACAUUUAUUACCAGUACAUACAGCAUACACAAUAUCAUCAUCUCAGUGAACAAUAUUGAAAUGUUAUUGUCAAGUGGAUCUUGGACUAAAAUAUUCAUCCUGUGCAAUUGUAGUUUUGUAGUAUUCGGUGUUGUUCUGUUAACACUCGGAAUUCAACCACAAAUCACAUUAAAUCAAUUCAGAACUAUACUACAAAAUGCGAAACCAGAGAUCUUCCUGGUUGUCAGUAUCUCAGGUGGUCUCGGUGUACUAGGAUCAUUUGUUGGCAUUUAUGGACACUCGAAGAAACAGAAAGUGAUCAUAUAUUUGAACAUUUUCAUUUUGUUUAUCGUGACUUGUAUGUGGAUCGGAAUGGCAUUUAAAGUAGCUUUAACGGAAGACAGGUUCCUUAAUUUAGUUAAUAGCUCGCUGAGUUCUACUAUUAAACAAUAUGAGGAACGAGUUUAUUAUCGAAUGGAGUUUGAUCAAUUACAAAAGAGUUUUUUCUGCUGUGGAGCGUUAUCGUACAAAGACUAUCCAAUUAUUGAAAGAGUACUGGAAACACCUGUUUCAUGUAUGUACAGUAAAGUCGAAUUUCCCAGAGGAUGUGUAUCAGCGAUAAUUGAAUAUACACAAACUUAUCUAAAUAUCAUCAUGUAUCUAUGUUUCACAUUCGGGAUUAUUCAAGCGCUCUACUUGAUAUUGUCAAUUAUGAGAAUACGUAAAUUUGAAGGUGACGAUUUUCUAUCUGCAUAAUGGUCUUAUUGAGACCAAAUGUUAAGAAGAUAUUCAAUGGAACCUAAUGUCAAUCAAACAACCGAAUCAUUGACUAUUCAUUACUCAUUCUAUUGUCAUUUGAUCUUACUUAUUUGUACACCAUUAUACACUAUUCUCAUCAACUGAAUAAUGAAUUUCUUCAUUAUUUUCUUUGUUUAAAUCAACUUGUUACUGGGAGGUAUUUCGAAAGAAAACAAACACAAAAUGAGAAACGUUUAUUCUCUUUAACACAAUCGAUAGGAAAUUUCAACUAGAGUAUAUCAGUCAAUCAGAUCCGAAGUGUUCAUACAACGAAUACAAGGUACUUGAUCGAAAGUAGAUUAUCAUUAUUAUUAUUAUCAUAAGGUAUUGAUUAGAUUUCAAGAUAGAUGGUUGUCAUCUCUUCAGAGUGUUUAUUGUGAAGGUGUAAUAGCAAUGAUAAAUCGAUCUAGUUGUGGUUAUUGAGAGUUGCAUUAUGAUUUUAUGAUGGAAGGUCAUUGGUUUACUAUAAUACUGAGAGCAUUGUGGAUUGAUUGAGCUUAAGAAGUAAAACGAUAAGUGUAUUUUUCUUUGAAAUUCUAUUUGUGACAUUUUGUUACAAUAUCUGUUGAGCAUAGUUGGAGAUGUGAAAACCACAGUACGAUGGAAAAUACACUAUUGAAAUAACAUGGCUUAGACUACACACAUUUUAUUUGUAAAUGUAAAUACGUUGAUAACUUACGUUGUAUCGAUGUACCCACUAAGUUCACACAUCGUUCCACUUGUUUAAUGUGUACGAAGUCAUUGUUCACGGUUGAUGAUUUCUUAUCAUUGAUAUUCAAUACUGUAAUCUAUCAAACACCAUUCACAAAUUACACCACGGAUGACCAAAAUUCAAACGUUCUAAGGACACUGGGAUUAUUGGUGCUCUAAGUGUACUCAGCUUUGUAUGACAACUGGAUAUCAGACAGAUAAUAUUCCGAAUGGUAAUGCAAACUUCCGACCAAUACCGUCUAAUGAUUACAAAUUAAAAUCAGAGGUAUGUACAUUGUAGAAGAUGCUUGAGAUGUGUGGAUUUGAAAAUAGAAAUACUUAUCGAACAUAGAACCAUAAACUGAAUGUGAUCACUAAUUUUCGCUUGAGUCGACCGGUGUUUUGUUUCAGUCCGAAUUAUUUGAGUGGAGAUUUAAUAACCAUCUGAUUUACUUAAAAUAUCUCAAAUUGCUGAGAAGUAUGAACUCAACAACACUUCAAUCAUCUGAACCCUGUAGGUUGAUAUAUUAGUUCAACAAGAUUAAGCUGCGUGAUGGAUAUCAUUUUAGUUUUAUCUUGAUAAACAUACUUCAGAUUGAAAACUGAACUAAAAGAACUUAUUAUUUAACCACAUAAGUUACUUACUUACUAACGCCCGUUACUCCUCGUGGAGGAGCAUAGGCCGCCCGUUAGCAUUCUCCGUCCAACUCUGUCCUGAUCAAUCCUUUCCAUUUAUUUCUGUUGUUAUUCAUUUUCUAAUGUCUGCUUCCUAUUCUCGGUACAAUUUGUCCUUCGGCCUUCAUCUAUUCCGCUUCCCUUCAGCAUUCUGAGUUGGGACCUGCCUCGUGAUGCGAUAUGGUGAUUUUCUCAAAGUG